ACAAUGAUGUUUAAUUGUAAACAAUUAUGUCAAUGGAUUGUUUUGGCCUGUUUUCUAACAGGGACUGUAUCAGCUGAAAAACGGCUUCUCUUAAACGAUCCAGAUAUUGUUUCAACCUUACAACAAAUGACGUUAGAACUGCAAAAGCUCAGAGCUGAAGUUUCAACAUUAACGCAAAAAACAACACUGUUAGAAAAUUCAAAACUUACCGGGUCUGCAUACACGCGAUGGGGAAGGAAAGACUGUCCGGUUAAUGGAACCGAGUUGGUAUAUACUGGAAUUAUCGGCGGAGGAUAUUACACUCAUAAAGGAGCGCCAGCAGACUAUGUAUGUUUACCACAUGAUCCUGAUUUCAUUCAUGGAGAUAAGAUCCAAUUCCCAUCUGAAGUAUCGACAAUGUACGGUGGGGAAUACCAGGACAACUACUUCGGACAUAGUCUUUACCAAAACGACCCACCAUGCGCAGUGUGUAGGGCAACUGGCAAAACAUCUGUCAUCAUGAUUCCUGGAAAAACAAAGUGUUACGGAGAUUGGCAUCUAGAAUAUUAUGGACGAUUAGCUGCAGGAAGGGACAUCCACGAAGCUACGUCUGAAUACAUAUGUGUGGAUCACCAGGCGCAAUAUAGAGAGGGUGGUGGUGCUAAUCAAGACGGGAAAAUGUUGUAUGCAGUUGUCGCCAAGUGUGGAACGUUACCAUGCCCACCUUACCGUGAAAAUGCGCCGAUAUCAUGUGUUGUUUGUUCCAGAUAAUAUGAGCGCAGAAAUUAUAUACAGUAUAGCACUUCCGGUAUUUUGUUGUCACGUUUUCUGGGUACAUCUUUUUAUAAUGGUGAAUUCGUAUAUCCAACGCAGAUAUUACUGAAUUCAUACGAAGUGUUGAAUGAACCAUUUCCUAUUGACUUCAUUUGCUUUCUCUAAAAUAAAGGAAUUAUUUAAGAAUAAA